CAUUCGUAGCAAAUCACGCAUCGAGUGAAGAACGUAUCCCGUUCAAGUUCAACGAGUAGACGAUUUUCAGUAAGAUAAAUUGGGAAGAAAUUCAAUUUUCUCCGUUUGUAACUGUUUAACGUAGAAGUCACCUUCUGUGCCAGUGCGUAUAAAGGUUGACUGCUUGCCUGUUCAGUAGUUCAAAUCUGUGUUUAACCCGCUUGUCAACCAGUUUCAUAUCGACCUUCUUUUGUGCAUUCGUAUCAGCAGUAAGAAAUGAUGAAAUCGAUUUUCUUUGGAAUCGUCACCCUGAUGUUUGCGGUAAUCGUCGUGCAUCAGGAGUCAGUUUUUGCCGAAAGGAUAACUCCAACGCAAAACGAAUGGCGUUUCGUCAGCUCAAAAUGUUUCAAGGAUUUGCAUAAGCAGAUCAACAAGGAGUUCAACGCAGCGAUCUUCUACCUGCAGUAUGCCGCCUACUUCGCCCAAGAAAAGGUAAAUCUGCCUGGAUUCGAGAAGUUCUUCUUCAACGCUGCUGCGGAAGAGAGACAGCAUGGAAUGAUGUUGCUCGAGUAUGCCCUUAUGCGUGGCCAGGAUGAGGUUGCGGAAGGCACAUUCAAACUGGAUUUCGAUAAUAUCACUGCUCCCGUAAUACCUAGAAACAACUUCGGAGCUGAGGACGCUUUGAAGGCCGCGCUCAAAAAGGAACAAGAGGUGACGCAGAGUAUCCGCGAGCUGAUCAAAACUUGCGAACAAACUGAAGGCGAAAACGGAAACGAAUACCACCUCGUCGAUUAUCUUACCGGUGAAUUCCUCGAGGAACAGCACAAGGGACAGCGCGAUCUGGCCGGAAAGAUCGCUAUGCUUAAGAAGAUGUUGAAUACGAACCCCCACCUGGGAGAGUUUAUCUUCGACAAGCAGAACAUGUAAAAGGGCAAUCGACGCCAUGGUACGCCCACAAUGACGCAUCAUACAUGCUGAACGCUGUGGACAAGUUCAUGUUGUAGACCUUCAAUAAACUUCCAGAUAAGAUGAACAAAGAGAAGUGUUGUUUCCAGGCCCAAGCCAAGCGCCAAUUACUAGCAGUACUUGAAGCUCAUUUGCGAAGACAGACGCAUGUAUUGUGAUAACUUUUGUCAAACAACAUUCUUAUUUUUCACCAACGCAAACCUAAACUCUCACUUCAUGUUUGAGUUGUGAUUGAUUUGUAAAAUAAAUAAAAGCUAAAAAUUUUGGGUCGAAA